AUGGUGCAGAAUUUUUUGUGCUUCUGGGUGAUGACAUCAAGCUGCUCGAGCGGGUGGGGUGCCAGCGCCUUCGCGUCCUCGGCAAGCCUCAUCAACGGCGUCGGUGGCCUGGGGGCUGCACGCUACUGCAAGCAGGGGGCGCCGUGGCGGGACGCUCUGCUGUCAGAUGCAAUUGCGGUGCUGGAGCAUGCGCUGGGCCCAGAGGCCGCUGGGCGCCAGCUGCGCUGCCUCAACGUCGUCGUGCCUACAUACAGGUGCAACCUUGGCGCCCUGCGCCGCAUCACCCAGCUGCGCACGUCGCUCGCCGCCCGCGCGUCGCUGCACACGCUCGUCGUCGUCGACGACCCCUCCUCGCCCGCGCUGGCAGAUGUGCAGGCGCUGCAGGACUGGAGCCCAAACCACCUCGUGCGCGUGUACGUGCAGCCCGCCAACAUGGGCGCCAGCGACGCGCGCAAUGCGGGCAUGGCGCAGAGCUUCGGGGACUGGACUGUGCUGCUGGACGAUGACGUGGCGCCUGACGAGCAGCUGCUCGACGCCUACCUGGGCGCAACGCUGCGGCACCCGCACGCCAAGGUGUUUGUUGGCCUGACCCAGCUGCCGGAGCCGCACUCCAUGCAGCAGCACGCGCUGGUGGCCUCCCAGAUGACUUUCUUCUUCUCCAUCGCGGCCCGCGAGCCCAACCCGCCCUGGGGCGUGACGGCCAACCUCUGCGUCCCCGGCCGCAGCAACAACACCGUCUGGUUCAGCGGGGCCUACCCCAAGACCGGCGGCGGCGAGGACGUGGAAUUCUGCCUGCGGCUCAAGGCGCUCGCCGCCGACAAGGACGCAGCCAUCGUGGCGGUGCCGGAGGCCAGGGCGCUGCACCCCUUCUGGGGCGGCGUGCUGCGCCAGGUUGCAGGCUGGGCUUCGGGCGACGUGCUCUGCUUGGAGGCGCUGCCGCACAGCACCUUCCGCGCGCUGCCCAACUGGGCCGAAGCGACGCUGCUGCUCCCGGUUGCCGCGGCCAUCGGCGCGCCGCCGCUCAGCGGCGCCCUGGAUGGCUGUGGCACGAUGGAGCGGCUGGUGCUGCUGGCGGCCUGCGCUGCAGCCAUCAUGGCCGUCGAGCUGACUCUGGGCGUCGUGUCGGUGCUCCCGCGCGUGCCCCCGGCCCUUGCGCCGCCACGCCGCAUGGUGAUCGCUGUGCUGGCGCUCGUGCCCGCCCUGGUGCAGGACGUCGUCCGGCUGCGCUGCAAGCUGGCGCGGCUGCGCUUCACGCAGAUCUGCCUCUGCUUUGACUGGAUGGAUGGCCAACGCGACCACGUUGCUGCCACCCAGUUUGGCCUUCUCGUGCGCAAUGUCUGCUGGGCUGUCGCCGUGUGCUGCGUGCUUUUUUGGUCCAGGCUGUCGGCCGGCACGCUGGCUCUGGCCGCGUCUUUCCUGACGGCUGCUGUGCUGCUGUUUGCGCGCUCCCAGCGCAUCAACCAUCGGCGGCUGUUCUGCCGCGACUACCUGUCGGCCCUGCGGCCGCUGCCGCUGCCAGAGGACGGGCCUGUGCCGUUUGUGGUGCUGGCCUACCAGAGGACCGGCACCAACCUGCUGUGCGGCAUGCUCCACAACCACCCAGAGGUGCGAGCGCUGGUGGCGGCGAGGCUGCAAUGA